AUGCAGCGAUCUACGCGAACCACAGACUAUGAACUGACCGACCUCGAUCUCGCCUCGCAAAGCCCCGAUGCUGGGGUGAGCUUAGCCUUCCCGGAGGGCGGGCGUGAGGCCUGGACCUGUUUGCUGGGCUCCGCUCUGCUUAUGUUUCCAUCUUUUGGCUUUCAAACUGCUGUUGGAACGGUCCAGGACUACAUCAACACCCAUCAACUAGCCGCUUACACUGUUCGAGAUGUGGGCUGGAUCACUGCCGUCCUGACUUUUCUGACCCUAUUUUUGGGAGCCCAAGUUGGGCCUUUAUUUGACCACUAUGGCCCCCGUAUGCUUUUAAUCUGCGGAUCAAUGGCCAGCGUGGCUUCGUACUUGCUUCUGGCGGAGUGUACAGAAUAUUGGCAUUUUAUGCUUUGCCUCGGCAUCAUUGGUGGUAUUUCGUCUGCAAUUAUUACCACCGUUGGCAUCGCCGCAUUGAGUCACUGGUUUUAUCGACGCCGGGCAUUCGCUUCCGGAAUUUGCAUGGCUGGCUCGUCUGCCGGAGGUACCAUUAUUCCUCUUCUGCUACGCACUUUGUUCCAGAAGUAUGGAUGGAGUUGGGCUAUUCGGAUCAUCGCAUUCAUGGCCCUAGGCUGCUACUUGUUCGGAAUUGUCCUUGUCAAAGGACGAUUGCCUGCUGGUAACGUGAGUCGAGCAGUUAUCGACUUCCGAGCUUUUCAAGAACCACGGCUGUGUUUUCUUGCCGUUGCUGUGUUUGCUUUCGAGUUUAUCAUUUUUGGCUGCGCCUCACUGCUGCCCACCUAUGUCCGCUAUACCGGCUUGGACUUGAAUGUACAAUAUUAUUCGCUUGCUGUUUUGAACAGUAUGAGUGCAUUGGGGAGAAUCCUUCCUGGACUUGCAGCUGAUCAGGUGGGCCGGUUCAAUGUCCUUUUGACGCUGGCAAUGAUGACUCUACUGAUCAUGGCGGCCGUCUGGAUUCCAUUUGGUUCGCGUGAUGAGGUCACAUUGUAUGCAGUCGUGGCGAUUUUUGGAUUUGGAUCCGGUGGGUGGAUAUCGCUUGCUCCAGUAUGCGCUGGUCAAUUGUGUCGCACCGAGGAGUACGGCCGGUUCUACGGCACAAUAUACAGUGUUGCCGCUUUUGGGGUGCUAUUGACUGUUCCGGUCGGUGGUGAACUACUGCAAUCAACUACACCACAGAUUCUUGUGAGCUUUUACUCCAUAUUCCUGUUAGUUGGGCUUAUCAGUGUCGCCCUGUCCCGCUGGGCGCUUCUGGACUGGAAGUGGAAAUGGAAGGUGAAGAUUUGA